GGCGAGCGGCCGAGCAGCGCCGGGAGCGUCGGGCGCCUUGGAAACGGGCGGAAGCCGGGAAGGAGCGGCAGGAGGAGGAUGCUGAGCCCCGAGCGGCUCUCGCUGCCCGGGCCCGAAUACCUGGCUCAGCGACAUGUCCUCACAUACAUGGAGGAUGCAGUGAGCCAGCUGCUGGAGAACAGAGAAGAUAUUAGUCAGUAUGGCAUUGCCAGGUUCUUCACUGAAUAUUUUAACAGCGUGCGGCAAGGAACACACAUUUUGUUCCGUGAGUUCAGCUUUGUUCAAGCCACCCCUCAUAACAGGGCAUCUUUUCUUCGGACCUUCUGGAGGUGUUUCCGAACUGUGGGGAAAAAUGGAGAUUUGCUGACAGCACAGGAAUACCACUGCCUGCUGCAGUUGCUCUGCCCUGACUUCCCAAUGGAACUCACUCAGAAAGCAGCAAGGAUUGUGCUGAUGGAUGAUGCAAUGGAUUGCCUGAUGUCUUUUUCUGAUUUCCUCUUUGCUUUCCAGAUCCAGUUCUACUAUUCAGAGUUCCUGGAAAGUGUGGCUGCCAUUUAUCAAGACCUGCUGGCUGGUAAGAAUCCAAAUACUGUGAUUGUACCAACAUCAUCCUCUGGACAACAUCGGCAACGCCAGCCUCCAAAUGACUGCAAUCCACUUGAAGGAGUAGAGGCAUCUCUCUUCUACCAGUGCCUGGAGUCCUUGUGUGACAGAUCAAAGUACAGGUACGAAUGGAGUCUAAAAUACAAAUUUGAAGUCCCUGUCUGUGGAAACCCUUUAGGAAAAUUGUCCUCUGUCUUGCAGGCCAGAUUUUGGAUGCUGCUAUGGCUUGAACACCUCUCUCGAAGAAUGACUAGCCUAACUCUGCUGAUACUUUGGUUGGUUUUGUUCCUCACAGGGGCUCUGCCAGAUAAAGGAGACUUGUUUCUGGACCCUGCCAUGGAUCAAGAACUUGAGAAAUUGGUAGCUCAGGUUUCAGGGCUUUCUGUCUCUGGUCCUGCCAGCUCCAGUGCCGACACAGCAAAUAUGCCUGUUCGUAACUCACCCAGGAUUAAUUCACCUUGGAAACCUCUGCACCAUCGUCGAAAAAUGGAUGCUGAGAGUGAAGGCUCCAAUGAAGAGACAGACUCCUCUGAAAACUGAAGGUUGUGAGGGUGGGCACCAUUCCCAUCUUGGGUUUCUCCAGAACCCAGUGGAGGAACAGCACCCCCUCCCAGAGCAUCUGCUCUAAAAGUGGGUUUUGUCUAUGUCAGCAGUGUGUGUGUGGCUGUGCUAAUCCCCAGUGCCAGCUUCACCCAUCUUUUCCCAGGAACAACUUGCCUUUUUCUUAGCUCCAAAUCCGUGCAGGAAUAGCGCCUCUGCAGAAGCCGUUUACAGCUACAGUGUUAUGCUUCCCUCUACUGGCAGGCAAGACAAGCCAGCAAACGCCAGCUCUGCCAGCGCUUGGAAGCAGCCGGGUAUGCUCUCACCGGGGCUCUCCCUCCCAGUUCCGCAGUUCAGCAGGUGCUGAAGCAGCAGGAGCACUAGUACAGGCCGCUUGCCAGUGUUUUGUUGUGUAGCUCUGUUCAGACUUGGCCCAGAUAACACAGUGGUUAAAUCGUCAGCAGCAGCUCUGCACUUGUGUUCCAUUAUUAUUCCCAGUAAAGCUGCAUCUGCACAUGAUCAAAGGUAAGGAAAUUCACAAAGUUCCUAAAAAAGGGCAACUUAGAUAUUGCCAUGCAACCUGUCUCUGCUUUGUGCUUUCUCCUCCAUGUGUCCAAAACUUGCCAAAGCAAAUACAGCAAAUAAGCUAGAUUGCAGUAAGUACUGCAUGGUGCUGUCUGGCUCCGCUGCUGUACUGAGUGCCCUUCUGUGAGGUGUUGCCAUCUUUCCAACAGCAUAUUACAGUCAUUUGGAGAAGUGAAUUUCAGAGGAUUUGGAAGAGAGGGAUAGGGUCAUUAAAAUCCUUGGCCACAGGUGGUAUGGCUUGCAAGCACACAGAGCACCUACUGGAGCUGGGUGGGCAGAAGCACUAAGGGAAAAAGCAGCAGUCCUCAAAUGAAAUCAAGUCAGGGGUUUUUGUAAAUAUUGGUAUUGUUGGAGCAGCAGCAUAGCCCUUAAAACUACAAAAAUAAGUAGCAACACAUUGCAUUAAUAGCAACCAACUCAUCAGUUUAAACCUCCACAGACCCAAAUGCUUUGUCUAGCCCAGCUCCUCUGCCCUAGCUUGCAUAGACUAGUUAUUUCUUGGGGAACUUCAGUUUCUCAUGCUUCUUUGGGAGCCUCCUUGCUUCUCCUGGUCAUAAAGUGCUGCAGCACAGGUCACCAGGAACUGGUAACCCAAAGCUUGUAGCAGGGUGCCAGCAGGGUUAUUUAUUUAUUGUAAGUUGAAUUAUUUAUGAUCUGUGCAUUCUCUCCCAGCUCGGUGAGUGGCUGUGACAGCCUGGCAAUAAAGCACGCUGUGUCAGGCCUC